CCAGCCAAGGCCAAAACCAGUCGUACAGCAACGCCGAGGCAACGCGCUACGCGAUUUUUACACGCCAGUGACGCCAUUACGCGUCCCUUUAUCUCUCUACAAAAUUAAACGGUUAUUACAGCAUUUAAAAACGUUAAUACAACAAUGUCUUCAGAGUUUAUACCUCUCGAAAGCGAGAAAGUUAUUGCUGAAAUACGGAAACGACCUGUAUUGUACGACAGCAAUAUGAUUCAUUACUGUAACAGAAGUCUGAGAAAAGAAUUGUGGGCGGAGGUGUGCCAAGAGGUGGUGGAGGAUUGGGACAAGCUGAGCAAGUCAGCCAAACGUUCAAAAAUGGAAGGCGUUCAACAAAAAUGGAAAAAUUUGAAAGACAGCUAUCGACGAGAAAUUAAGAAGCAGAAACUGAGCAAAGAGGGCAUAAUUAAGAAGAAACGCAAAUACCUUUACUCCGAUCAGUUAAAUUUUAUGUUGCCUUUUAUUAAUAAUAAAACCGUCAGUCAAACACCCUCAGACGAUGGCAAAACCGAAGACACAGAGGAACAUAAAAUUGAAUUAACCGAACAUUCAGUUGGAGCAUCUAAUGAAGAAUACAACGUAUCAGGAACAGAGUUUAACAACUAUGUCGAUGUAAAAGAAGAAAAUAAUUUUGACGAUGUCAUGCCUCAAGUUUUUAUCGAUCAAGGAGCCGACGAUAUUGACGAAGAUAAAUUCUUUCUGCUGUCGUUGUUGCCGUCUUUUAGGAAACUGACGCCCCAGCAAAAAAUGCAAAUCAAAAUGGAAUUCUUACAAUCUCUGAACAAAACUAUGUUUCCUCACAGUUAAUUUACUUAAAUUUUACAAAAAAAAACUUUAAAAAUAUACUCAUCUAAUUUGUAUAUAUUUUAGUAAUAUAACUUAAAGAUAAUUAGUUUUUC